AGUUUUUUGAGCUCUUACUGGCUAAGCAGUAGCCAUUAAUGGUUUGAAAGAGCUCAGAAAAAUCAUGUUAACUUCACUCUGACAACCCCAUUAGUGCAUUAUUAGAAACUUCAGUUCUUUUUUUGCUUAAAGAUUUGUUCUUUUUUUGUUUUUGGGUUGUGGGGGUGAGAGAAACAGAGGAAAGAAUUGAUUUUGUUGGUGUUUUAUUGACACCUUUUUAUUGCAUUAUCAGAAACUUCAGUUCUUUGCUUUAAAGAUUUGUUCUUUACUUGUUUUUGUGCAGUGGGGGUGGGUGAAACAAAAGAAUGAUUUGAUUUUGUUGGUGUUUUAUUGACACCCUUUUAUUGCAUUAGUUGAAACUUCAGUUCUUUGCUUUGAAGAUUUGGUCUUUUCUUGUUAGUGUAGUGGGGGUGAGAGAAACAGAAGAAAGAAUUGAUUUUGUUGGUGUUUUCUUGAUACCCAUUUGAGGAAAUAGUGAAAUGGAAGGUGGGUCAAACUCAGAAAUGAAAGGAAGAAUGGAGAGGCAAAAGGGGGUAAAUCCAAAGAUUGAGCCUUUUGUACCAAAGAAAGGUUAUGAUCCUAGAGAGUUGAAAUCUUGGGCUAAGAGGACUGGUUUUGUGUCAACAACUUUUUCUGGUGAGACUGAAAGAGGUGGUGGUCAUAGUAGGAGGGAUUUUGAUAAUGGUAGAGAUCUGAAUGUGAGUAGUAAUGAGAAUGUUGGAUUUGAUUUGGAAAGAGGGGUUGAUAAAACUGAAACUGUAUCUCCAAAGAUUGAGCUUGAUCCUAUUUUAGGAAGGGCAAGGAAUAGAGGGGUUGAAAUUGAGCCAAUUUCGGGGUCUACCGACCAGGGUUUGAGAAAUGGAAGAGGAAGAGGAAGAGGUGAAAAUCUUGGGAGGAGAACUGAGAUGGAGCCUAUUUUGAGAGGUCAUAAUGAGGAGAGGAAAGAUGCUAGGAAUGAGAAUGGCAAUGAUGGUAAUAGUGCUAAUGGAGCUGUUAAUGGGAGUGGGAAUGGACACAUAGCUCAAGCAGCUACUCCAGUUACAGAAGUACCAAGGAAGGAUGAUGGCAAUGUGGAUGAAGAAGUGGGAAUGGGCGUAUAUCCCGAUGGUGAGGAUCCUAGUUAUGGAGGGUGGCAUCAGUCUCCGCGGAUGAAAUGUGGAUUAAGGGAAAAUCCGGGUGUUGUGCCUCUUAUGUUCUAUGGGUUGCAGCACUAUUUGUCAUUGGCUGGUUCACUUAUUUUUAUCCCUCUGAUUACUGUUCCCACCAUGGGUGGAAGUGAUAAAGACACUGCCGAUGUGGUUUCCACAAUGCUGCUAGUGUCUGGCCUUACCACAAUACUGCACUCAUAUUUUGGCACCCGUCUGCCAUUAGUUCAAGGGAGUUCAUUUGUAUAUUUGGCUCCUGCAUUAGUUAUCAUGAAUUCUGAGGAGUACCGGAAUCUUGCUGAUCAUAAAUUUAGGUACAUAAUGAGGGAGUUACAAGGAGCUAUAAUUGUUGGAUCAAUUUUCCAGAGCUUCUUGGGUUACAGUGGCUUGAUGUCCAUUUUUCUGCGGUUAGUAAAUCCCGUUGUGGUCGCACCAACAGUAGCUGCAGUGGGUUUAGCAUUUUUUAGCUAUGGCUUUCCACAAGCUGGUAGUUGUGUAGAAAUCAGCCUUCCUCAGAUACUGCUUAUCCUUAUUUUUACCUUGUACCUUGGAGGAAUAUCCAUUUUUGGUUACCGAGUGUUUCGUAUAUAUGCUGUCCCUGUUAGUGUUAUGAUUAUUUGGGCGUAUGCGUUUUUCCUGACAGCUGGUGGUGCAUAUAACUUCAAGGGUUGUAGCCCCGACAUACCAAACUCCAACAUCCUUAUCGAUGCUUGUCAAAAGCAUGCAGAUACAAUGAGGCAUUGUAGGACUGAUGUCUCCAAUGCUAUGAGAACUGCUGCCUGGGUCAGGAUUCCUUACCCUUUGCAAUGGGGUAUACCGACCUUUCGGUUACGGACUUCAAUCAUUAUGGUUAUUGUGUCGCUAGUUGCUUCCAUUGACUCGAUUGGGAGUUAUCACUCCGCCGCAAUACGAAUCAAUUUGAAACCCCCAAGCCCAGGUAUAGUCAGCAGGGGGAUUGGUCUGGAAGGUUUCUGUAGUGUAUUGGCUGGACUUUGGGGAACGGGUACUGGGGCAACAACUUUGACAGAGAAUGUACACACGAUCAAUGCAACGAAAGUAGCAAACCGAAGGGCUGUACAGCUUGGAGCAGCACUUUUAAUCCUAUUCUCCUUUGUAGGUAAAAUUGGUGCUAUUCUUGCUUCUAUACCACAAGCAUUAGCAGCUGCAGUACUAUGCUUCACAUGGGCUCUUAUUGUUACUCUCGGUCUAUCAACAUUGCAAUAUACACAAAAUGCAAGUUCCCGAAACAUUAUAAUUGUUGGUGUAUCCUUGUUCUUUGGUUUGUCGGUCCCCGCUUAUUUUCAGCAGUAUGCACCAGAGACCGGCCUAAUCUUGCCUGGCUAUCUAAUUCCUUAUGCAGCAGCAUCCAAUGGACCAGUACAUACCGGGAAUGCACAAUUCAAUUUUUCAAUGAAUGCACUUCUGUCCUUGAACAUGGUGGUCACACUAUUAGUGGCAUUCGUAUUAGACAACACCGUCCCUGGAAGCAGACAAGAACGAGGAGUGUACGUUUGGUCAAAGGCUGAAGACAUUAUGACAGAUCCUUCUUCCCUGUUAGACUACUCGUUACCGAGUACAGUAGCAAGGUGUUUCCACUGGGCUAAAUGUGUCGGCACAUGACGAAAUGCAAAAGAAAAAACUUGUUUUUGCUUCAUGCCAAACUUCAGGGAAGAAACUUAUUGUUAUUCAAAGCAUAGCUUAGAAAGAGUAUAGCUAAAAUAGGUGAAAGGUACAUACAUAUUUUACCAA